AGCAAAAACGAAAAUUUCAUAUUUAUCCUCAAUCUUCUUAGCAGCUUAUUUUGGCCACCAUUCUUCCUCGCCCGAAGGUGAGGAGGACCAAGCAGAAGGCGCUUCAAGCCUGUGUGGGCCGCGACAGUGUUCUCCGAGACACUAACCAUUCAAAUUCUCAGAUGGUAACAACAUUGCUCUCAACCCCACAAAGAUUUUCCUAAUUAUGCAGUCAGCUUCCACAUCACUCUUGCAUCAAUUCCCAACUUUCCGUCCGAGAUUCUCGACUCUUCCGUCAAGAACUCGACUUCUUCCAUUCAACAGACCAAGAAUGGCUUCGCUUUCUGGCUCUCGAGUUUGGUCACAGAUAGGACUGGGUGGUUCUUCUUCUUCAUCUCCGGGUGAUGAUGGGUUUUGUUCGUUCAUGGAGUUUGUGGGUAAGAGAGGACUCAAUGUGGAAGAUGAUUUGGUGGUUUUGCUCUAUCAUAUACAGUACGCUUGCAAGCAAAUCGCUGCUCUUGUGGCUUCUCCUUUCAAUUACUCUCUUGGGAAACGGUCAGGUCUCGGUUCAGCUGCUGCUUCUGGGUCUGACAGAGAUGCUCCGAAGCCGCUUGAUAUCGUCUCGAACGAAAUUAUCUUGUCUUCACUAAAAAAUUCUGGAAAAGUGGCUGUCAUGGCUUCUGAAGAAAAUGAUAAUCCGAUCUGGAUAAGUGAUGAUGGUCCUUAUGUGGUGGUAACAGAUCCCCUUGAUGGUUCUCGGAAUAUCGAUGCAUCCAUUCCAACAGGUACAAUUUUUGGCAUAUAUAAGCGCCUCACUGAACUAGAUAACCUACCUAUUGAGGAGAAGACUACGCUUAAUUCACUUCAGAGUGGGACAAGGUUGGUUGGUGCUGGCUAUGUUCUCUAUUCAUCUGCCACUAUUCUAUGCACCACCUUUGGUUCAGGGACACAGGCAUUCACUCUUGAUCAUUCAACAGGAGACUUCAUUCUAACAAAUCCAAGCAUCAAAAUUCCUCCUCGUGGGCAAAUCUAUUCUGUGAAUGAUGCUCGAUACUUCGACUGGCCUGAAGGUUUGCGGCGAUAUAUAGACACCGUGAGACAAGGGAAAGGUAAAAAUCCAAAGAAGUACUCGGCACGGUAUAUAUGUUCUCUGGUGGCUGAUCUGCACAGAACUUUGAUGUAUGGUGGUGUGGCAAUGAAUCCAAGGGAUCAUCUUCGUCUUGUUUAUGAAGCAAACCCUCUGAGUUUCAUUGUAGAGCAGGCUGGGGGAAGAGGGUCUGAUGGGAAAAAUAGGAUUCUUUCACUUCAACCUGUUAAACUGCAUCAAAGACUUCCUCUGUUUCUGGGGAGCUUGGAAGAUAUGGAAGAGUUGGAGAGUUAUGGAGAUGUUCAACAAAAAGUCAAUCCUGGUUAUGAGGUUUGAUCAUGGACUGCAAUUUUGAUUCGCUGUCAGUAAUGCUACGAGAGUACCAGCUGAUUCUAUGCAUUUUCCAAUGACCAUUACUUGUGUUAAUAAUUAUCCUUUUUUUUUUUUUUUGGCUUUCCAUUUGGUGUGAUUGUAUCUGAUAACACCGAUUAAUUCAUAUCGAUACAUAUGAUACAUGUAUAUAUACGUGUGUAUAUAUAUAUAUAUAAACAA